AUGGAUUCACCCAGUCCAGCGUCUACUCUCGAUCGUCGCGCUUUUCUGCGGCUGCGAGCGGAAGAAACAAAUACCUGCCUACCUCAGUCCAUCCUCUCCAUCGUGCCUGAAUGUGCGGUCAGCUGCAUCCAGGCCUUCGCAACCACCAACUACUCAGGAAGCACAUGCCCAAAUACCUCUGAUCUCAACUUUCUGUGUACGCAAGAGAACACAUCCGGGCUUACGAUUGGAGAGGGUUCAUUGCAGUGUGUGGUGUCCUUUUGUACAGGGCAAGAACAGGUGGACACGAGGGUAUACAGCAUUUGUGACGGUAUAGCUGGCGCUCAGCCAAAAACCGCCAGCACCAUAACGGUAACCAUCAUCGCACCCUCCACGGCGGCGUCUACAAUGGGUAGCCUUCCGUCAAUGAUUGGUGUGCCGACCUCUACAGAGGACAUCAGUACCAUUGUCAUGGCGACUGAUACUCCUACUUCGGCGAUACCACCUUCACCAGCUACCACUCCCUCACCUUCAAGUGCCUUGACUACAGAGCUUGGUUCUUCGAGCAGCAGCACAAUCAGCGGCCCUCAGGGGACCACGGGCGCCGUUGGUCUGCCGGAUCGAUCAACUUCAAAAGGGGGCUUGAGCACCGCUCAAGUUGUGGGCAUCGCAAUCGCUGGGGCGGCAACUGUGCUUAUCGUAUUGGGCAUGCUCAUGCUCGCAGUCUGUAUCCGCAAGAGGCGUCGGGCACAACGCCGUAGCCAGAGACGUUCUCGCCUUGUGGAACCUACUCCGCCUCCAAAUUACAAGAGCCCUCCCAAGCCCAUUUCGCCAACAUUCGGGAAUGUCAACUCGUCGCUUGCAGUCCCGACCUCUCAGGGCCGUUUUUACUCUGCCGCACAGCCUAUGGAAGAGAAACGGAGGAGCUUUUGGCGAAGGAGCAUCAGACCCGAGGAGAUAGGCGUAGCUGUUUCCCCCAAAGUGCCUGGAGAAAGCUCCCCUGUCAGCAUUUCCUCCCAACAAAGUGGAUCCCGUCUUCUAUCUUCGGUGCCCGCCAAAGCAUUAUGGCCUGCACCUCUCAAUGUACAAGGGAGUCGAGAGCGCCAGAGACUGUCUCAAAGGCCAAUGAGCGAUGCCACCGUCUUUGAUGAUGAGCCACAGACGAGAUUUGCCAACUCAGAACCAGUCUAUGUCGACAACCAGCCAUUCAUCUUGGAACAGCCACCCCUUGGAAGGAGAGAUCGAGUAGCUCCACCACACUUGAGAUUACCCGCCGUGCCUGAGGUUGCGGCUAGGCGUGUUUCGAAAGCAGCGCGGAUACCUCUCACACCCACUUACGACAACGGAAAUGUAAACAUCAUGUCGCCGCCACGGGGCUUCGGUUCUCCACCUUCUGAUCUCAAAAGAGGUGAGGUACGGCCCACAGCAAGUCAAUCUUCAGCCCCGGUAGCAGAGCACAAGUUAGCUCCGUCCUCAUCGUAUGCCAGCAGAAACGUCCUACGCAAGAAACCUCCCUCCAGACUUCUCCUUCGAGCUCUUGACGACCAACCCGUCGAGCACGUAACACGACCUCUAGAUACACGAUCACCGCCGUCAACGACAGCGGCUCCACGCCUUGAACGAGAAGACUCCAUCACGUCUGUAUAUACGGAGAUCGAAGAAGACACACCUCCAGAUGAGACCGACAGACAAUUGGAGCUCGGAGCAGCCCCCCAGACCCCGUCAACGGGCACUAAGGCAUCCCAGCUUCUGUUUCAAGCACAAGGUAGUCCCAUCAAGGACUUACGAUAUCCCCAGAUUCCUCGGUCUGCUGCGAUGUCACGGCAAGCUAAAACAUUUGCAAAGCCUCUGGCGAGUCCUGCUGCGACACCUGCAGGUCCUGCCAUUCGACCCACAAGAGAUCAACUCGUUCGUGCAGGCGCCAGUUUCAUGCAGACAGAUACAACUUCGUCCGACGGGUAUUUGUCCGAUGAGACUCUCGACUGGCCACGACCUCCGCUGUCUGAGGCUGGUUCGAGGAGAGGCACGAGUAUACCUCAGGACAUACUCAAUACAGAGGUGGCGAAGCUCAGAAACUAUGCUGUCGCUGGCAACAGGGGACCGCCUUCUCCACUGUUCAGGCCGUCCUUGAACGAAGUGUUGAGGCCAAAGAGCGUUAAGAUCCCCGAACCACAACGCUCGCCCUCUUCCAAAGCGCGAUUGACACCAAAUAAGUCAAGCAGAGGUGACCUCUACCUCACGGUUGAAAUAUAG